AUGGUUUAUCAGCAUCAUCCAUCUUGACUGUUUAACUGGAGAAGCCCUCAGUCUAAAGUUUGACCUCUUCAUUCAUGCCAUGCCCUCUCCUGACUGUUGUUAGUGGAGUCUGGAUUCUAGCAAACUGCUCUUAUUAUCUGUUCCAAUGGAGAUCACCAGCAAAUGACCAGGGUGCCUUUAGUCUUCCAGCAGCAGCAAAUCAUAAGAGGAAAAGAACAAGGGCUUAUGGUCUUCUAAGCAUUUUGCCGUGAAACAUGGAAUGGAUCAAUAAAACCACCUUGUCCAACGCUUCGAACAAAGACUUGGGCCACUGUGACGGGCACUGCAGGACAAUUCUGAUAACACUCUAUGGUGGGGUUUUGCUGGGAGGCACCGCUGGAGCUAUUACUAUGUCUUGUAUGAUGCUCAAAAGGAACAACCAAUCAAUGAUUGCCAUGAUCGUUCUCAAUAUCAUAGUGCUACACUCCAUCCUCCUGGUCAGCCUUCCCUUCCGCCUCAGCUAUUAUGUCUUAGUCGUCUGGGAGUUUGGAUUCUUCACCUGCCGACUGGUUAGCGGCAUAAUAUACGGUCAUAUGUACUUCACCUUUGUUUUCUAUGUGGCCAUCGUCAUACUUCGAUUACUCAUCUAUUUUAAGAAACUACAGAUGCAGCAGUUCCAAAAGUACCAUGUGGUCGUGUUAUGCAUUAGUAUUUGGAUGGUGGGUAGUGUCAUUUUUUUGCCAUUUUUUUUUUUACAAUAUGGCAUCAAUCCAAUAUACUCAGAACAACGAUGCUUUGAGUUCUACAAAGACCUCAACCGCAGGGAAUUCGUUAUCUUGAACUACUCUAUGAUUGUCAUUAUGAUGACAACGGUUGUGACUCUCUUUCUGAUACAGAUGGGUGUCAUCGUUCAACUAGUAAAGGCUCUCUGGCCAGACUUGUGGGCCCAUCAAGAGUACAGAGCUCAAAUCAAGAGCUUCUUCUUCCUCCUAGUGAUAGUUGUCUGUUUUAUACCCCACCAUGUCUUCCGUGUGCACUUCAUUCAAAACUAUUCAGAGACAGGAAAUUCUGAGUUAGUUCUUUAUAAUGAAAUUUUUGUUGCUUUAACUACUGUCUGUUGCCUGGACAUGCUGUGUUUCAUAGGUGGAGUUAUCCAUUAAGUACUCCUAUGUUACUUGCUUUGUAAUCAGUUUUGCACCAUUGUGAUAAAAUAGUUUCAACUGAAUGGGUGCUUCCAUGAUUUCAAAAUUUUUCAAAUUCUCUGCUCUUAAUCAUCACCAAAAUUAUUUUUUUCUUGGAAAGGUAACCAGAUUGAUUUUUCCCCUUCCUCAGAGAAUGGUUAUCAGUUCUUCAUUAACAUAGAAUAUGUUCAAUCACCUUAGCUCUAUGCAGAUUGACCCCAAUCAUCCAGACUCUAACCCUGCCUCUUUUUUCUUGUGAUGUUUCCUUCUGUUAAGCAUAGCAAUGGGCUUUCCCAAUGCACUUGCCAGGCUAUCUUCUUCUUUGCAUUUGCUCUCACUGAUCUUUGAACCUAGAAUGUCCUUUUCCUCUAUUUCUAAACUAUCUAUUCUUCAAAGUCCAGACAACCUGAUGAUAAGGACUCUACAGAAGACUUUACUGAUUCAAAUUAUGCUCAACUUGAGACAGAUGCCUCUUGAAAAUUACUGAUUGCCAGUAAAGCUAUGGCUGCGGGCUGUGGUGUUUGAAGGAAAAGAUUAACUCAGAAGUAUAGAGACUUAAGAGAAAACUCUUUCAGGAUGGAUGGAGCAUUGAUGUGGUUUCAAUCUGAUUAAUACAUAGUAGGUGCUCUGGAGGCUGAAGUUACCUCCCAGAUCUGCCUUCCUAGAUGUGGAUCCAUGAAGCAGGAAAAGAGAUAGGAAAAGGUGGAAGCCAGCUGGACUUAGUCUAAGCAUACUGGCAGGCAGGAUUAGAACCCAUGCCCUUGAGUCCAUGGGACAGUUCUAAAGCUUGUUAAAGGCACCCUAUAUAACCAAGAAGUGUUACAAAAUUAAAAUCAGCUAAGUCAAUAAAAACAAAGACAACCAACUCAGAGUCCACCUAUCAAAUGUAGACAUUGACAUGCCCUUAGGCUUUUCUUUGCUUACUGUUAUGCUGCAUAAAGAGGACUCACCUCUUCUUCCUCACUCUCUAGUAAAUGGGUCAGAGGCUUUAGUUUUGGCCAAGACAAUUUCAUGCCAGGGCACUGUAGAAACUAGCAGGCAGUUCUGACUUGGCUCCAUUACCCUCCUGUCAAAAAUCCUUCCAACUCUUUCUGGAUUUGAGAGAACUAAAAAAAAAAAAAAAAAAAAAAAAAA